UUUCGAAAGUUUUCUGGGAGUUGUAGUCCGAGGUUCCGGACCCUCCGAGGGCGUUAGCUGCCUUUUGAACUCCCAGGGAGGAUGGAUCCCGGGACGGAUUCAACGCCGCUUGCCGCCCUGGUUUGGUCGUCCGCCUCGGCGCCGCCGCCGCCGGGUUUCAGCGCGAUCACCUGUACCGUGGAGGGCGCGACGGCCAGCUUCGGCCGAGGCUUCGCGCAGAAGGCCGGCUACUUCCUGUGCCUGAGCACACUGGGUAUCCCAGAGAACCCUCAGGACAAUGUGGUAGUGGACAUGCAGAUCGUGAUGGACAAGGGGCCCCUGCCGCCAGGCUUCUCUACAGUCAACGACCCUCAGGAUGCCAGGACCUCUGUGUCCAAGAAGAAGCGCAUGUGUGUGAAGCUGAUGCCCCUGGGGACGGCAGACGUGGUAGUGAGCGACGUGAAGCUCAGUGGGAAAACCAAGACCGUGCCUGGGUAUCUGCGAGUGGGGGACAUUGGUGGCUUUGCCAUCUGGUGCAAGAAAUCCAAAGCCCCAAAGCUGGUGCCCAAGCCUGGCACACUCAGCCAGGACAUGCGAGGCCUCUCACUGGACCAACCCAAAGAGCCCAGCAAAGGUAGCCACCCAGAGCGGACACUGUCCAGACUGGGCUCUCGGGCUUCCACCCUAAGGAGGAACGACUCCAUCUAUGAGGCAUCCAGUCUCUAUGGCAUUUCAGGUGAGCCCCGAGUGAAGAAAGUAAACCUGCGGUGGGAGGUCUCUGGAGAUGCUCCCAGGACCAUGGCCGGGGAAGACACAAGAGCUAGAUGCAACCUCUCCUUGGCCUGUCCUACCAAGCAUUUAGAUUUUAAGCUUUAUUUUUAUUUAUACAUGUGGGUGUUUUGCCUGCAAAUGUGUCUGUAUAUUGCCCUGGAAGGCCAGAAGUGGGUGCUGGAUCCCCUGGAACUGGGGUUGAAAGGGUUGUGAGUUGCCACGUGGGUGGUGGGACCUGAAGCCAGGACCUCUGUAAGAGCAGCCGGUGCUCUUAACUGCUGAGCUGUCUCUCUAGGCCCCAAACUGUAUUUUCCCCCCUCGGUGGCUGUGGAGAGGGGGCGACUGGGACCUCACUCUCUGCAGUGCUCUGGGCAGAAUCCAGGAUGUGU